GCACUCAUGCCAAUAUUUCGCGCCUAUUGAUGCUCCACCGUUGUCUUGCGAUGCAUGAUCUUUCUCGACUCUGACAAUGAGAUCUGUGUCGAAUAGUUAGAAAGCUACGGUUAUUUCUUCUGUGAUCAGCUCUCUUGACAUACUCAACGGAGAACACGUGCCACAUUACGAUCAUUCCACCCGCUAUCCUCACUCCGUCGCAUGGCAAUAUAGCGCCAUAGCAACUUACAAAUGGAGAAAUACUCCCAAUUCCGAGACCGAGGUUCUGGCAUUGCGCCCUUCCUCCCCGUUCCUACGUCAAAAUCUGGCUAUGCGCUGCCACUACACAUAUUCCUAUUUUGCUUCCGCCUUCCGCUGCUCAUAUUCGUGUGUCUGAGUUAUUUCGUUGUCCUGCAAUGGCUCCCAAUCGGCUCCUUGGGAAAGAAAGCUUCGCUUUGGUGUAUACUCGGUGUCCCGAGCCUAUGGUGGAUUGAUCUGCAAGUUGACGGCGUAAAGAGAGGACGCCUUGCUAGUCAACGGGCCCGCUUGCCCAUCUCCAAUUGUAUCAUUGCUUCUUCUUUCACGUCUCCUAUCGACCCAGUCUAUCUCGCUGCCGUUUUCGAUCCCGUCUUUACCGCAUCGUAUCCCAAUACGCGCAAAGUUGAGCGCUUGUCUCUCCUACAGGCUAUACUACGCUCGUUCGCAUACCCUUUAGUCAACCCGCCGCCAGAUACACAGCUUGUCGAGCUUUCCGAGCUGCUCGAGAAGUAUAAGUCCCGGCCCGUCGCUGUAUUCGCUGAAUGUACAACGACGAAUGGCCGGGGUAUCCUUCCCCUCAGCAGAUCUCUCGUAUCUGUACCACCACGCUCCAAAAUUUACCCAGUAAGCUUGCGUUAUACCGAGGCUGAUGUAACUACACCGGUACCCGGUACAUACAUCACGUUCCUAUGGAACCUGCUCAGCAGACCGACGCAUUUCAUCCGAGUGCGUGUUGCCGAGUACGUGACGACUUCUAAUAAGAACUUGUCGCUGUCGUCGCAAGCCCACAGCACGAGUACUGACUUCUUCGACGAUGAUGAACCCACAUCCUUCUUCGAGGAGUAUGCAGGCUCGAACAAGGACUCGGAAUUGACGAAAAGUGAGGUAGCUGUGCUAGACUACGUUGGCGAGUCACUGGCCCGUUUGGGCAGAGUGAAGAGGGUGGGAUUGGGUGUGAAAGAGAAGCAGGAUUUUGUGGAUCUGUGGACUAGGAAUAAGAGACUUCGAUGA